AUGCACAACAAGUUGGAAGCAAUCGCGCUGCAAUCCGAACUCUGCCGACUCUGCAUGCCGGGCGGGUUUCCACUACGCAAAUGGGCCGCGAGUUGUCGCGAUCUUCUUAGCGGAAUUCCACCAGAGCACUGCCUUAACAAAGAUUCGCUUUCAUGGGAGCACGACAGUCAUGCGACGCUGGGAUUGCGGUGGUAUCCCGCCAAAGAUGAGUUUGCCUUCAUCAUUCGGCUCAAUACAAUCGCCAUGUACACGAAAAGACGCGUACUCGCGGAAACGGCUCGACUCUUCGAUCCGCUCGGAUGGCUGACUCCGGUUGUGAUUCAGGCAAAAAUUCUAAUUCAAUCUGCCUGGUUACAGCAAAUAGAGUGGGACGCACCACUUUCACAGACAGACGCGCAGCAGUGGCAGCGUCUCUUCGAAGAACUUCCGUGUCUUGAGCAAGUCCGCGUUGGCCGCUGGCUGGGAAGCGGCGACUCAAAUUCGAACGUGGAACUCCACGGCUUCGUCGAUGCAUCCGAGCGAGGAUAUGCCGCCGUGGUUUAUCUCCGCAUCAGCACCGCCGGUGACGUCGCAAUCCGCCUACUUGCUAAAAGCAAGGUUGCGCCAAUCAAGCCUGUCUCGCUUCCUCGGUUGGAGCUCAGCGCUGCCGCGCUUUUAUCGAAUCUCGUCACUCACAUACGCAAUGUGUUAAGCUUGUCCACAGCACCUGUCACGCGAUGGUCUGACUCCAGAGUCGCGCUUUGUUGGAUUCAGGGUCAUGCCUCUCGAUGGAAGACGUACGUGGCUAACCGGGUAUCUCAAAUACAGCAGCAGCUUCCUGAGGCACGAUGGCGCCACGUCCCGGGGAAGGAUAAUCCAGCCGACUGCGCCUCUCGAGGCAUUACGCCAACCGACCUCAUCAGCAAGGCCGGCGACUAUGGUAUGGAGGGUAUGGAGCACUCCAUACCCAAAGACUUCUGGGUGUGGAAUUUCCAUACCCAGAAUCAUGAGGAAUCCUUUAUCCGAAAUUUGGGGAAAAAAUUAAACUUUAAUUAA